CAAGAAACUUAUUCAAACCCUUCAUUAUAGUGUACAGGAAAAACUCAAUAAAGGACCAACAAAAACCUCUGUACAUCACUUAACUCCAACCCCAAGCCAAUGGGACCCCCCCAUCUCUGAUCUCUUCCCAACUCAAAAAACUACUCCAGAGACCCUUUUUGUUUUUUUUCACUCUUCCUUCCUCUGCUGUCCUCUUUGUACUUGAUAUCACUCCAAUAUCGGCCAGCUAAUCCUCCAAAAGUCCUUGGGCCCUUUUUAAAGGUUUUAACCUUUGCGUUAUUCCCCUCUCCUCCUCUCUGUCCACGAAUUUCCCAGUUCCCGCAGGCCCUCAGAAGAAUUCCAAAACCCACUCACAUAGUUUCUCAACUUUUCUCUAUAAAUUGAGCAGAACCCAUUAUUUUCCUCAAACCUUAAAAGAAUCUCAGGCUUUCUCCUCAACAUACUACACUUACCCUGUUUACCUCAACUCUUAAGCAUAUUUUUGACAAAAACCUUUCUUCCUUAUACACCAACCCAAGACUAUACCGUAAAAGCUAAGAAUGAAAGAGUAUUGGACCCCUUUUGCCUCUCUUCUGGGCGUUUUGGCCUUCUGCCAAAGCCUAAUCCAAGUAGUCUUUCCACCUGAACUCCGCUUCGCCAUUGUCAAGCUCUCUAACCGGAUCUUCCACGGGUUCUCCUCCUACUGCUACUUCGACAUCACCGAGAUCGACGGCGUCAACACCAACGAGCUCUACAACGCCGUCCAGCUCUACCUCAGCUCCUCAGCCUCCAUCACCGGCAGCCGCCUCAGCCUCACCCGAGCCCUUAACUCCAGCGCCACCACCUUCGGCCUCUCCAACAAUGACUGCAUGGUCGACAUCUACAACGGCGUCACCGUCCUCUGGGAACACGUCGUCACGCAAAGGCAAGCUCAAACUUUCUCGUGGCGUCCUUUACCAGAAGAGAAACGAGGCUUCACUCUCCGAAUCAAGAAACGCGACAAAACGCUGAUUCUUGAUUCGUACUUGGAUUACAUAAUGGAAAAGGCAAACGACAUACGUAGAAAGAACCAGGACCGUCUUUUGUACACAAACUCGAAAGGUGGAUCCUUGGACUCAAGGGGACACCCGUGGGAGUCUGUUCCGUUUAAGCAUCCAAGCACAUUCGAAACCUUAGCCAUGGACCCGGUAAAGAAGCAGGAGAUCAUGGAGGAUCUCAUGGGCUUCGCCAACGGUCAAGGAUUCUACCAGAAGACUGGGCGGGCCUGGAAAAGAGGGUACUUGCUUUAUGGACCGCCGGGGACUGGGAAAUCAAGCAUGAUCGCAGCCAUGGCAAACUAUCUGGGUUACGAUAUUUACGACUUGGAGCUGACCGAGGUGCAUACCAACUCGGACCUGAGGAAGCUGCUGAUGAAGACGAGUUCCAAGUCCAUAAUUGUCAUCGAAGACAUCGAUUGUUCUCUAAAUUUAACGAACAGGAAGAAGGCUAAUAGUACUAGUUCGCCCGCUAGAAGCGCUUACUAUGAUAUGGGUGAAAUGCGAGGUGGGGGUGGCUCGGGUGAAGAUGGUGGGAACAAUACGAUGACGCUGUCGGGAUUGUUGAAUUUCACGGACGGAUUAUGGUCGUGCUGUGGGAGCGAGAGGAUUUUCGUGUUCACCACAAACCACAUCGAGAAGCUUGACCCGGCAUUGUUGAGGAGUGGGAGGAUGGAUAUGCACAUAUUUAUGAGCUACUGUUCAUUUCCAGCGUUGAAGAUACUGUUGAAGAAUUACUUGGGGCUGAAUGAGGUUGAUUUGGAGGUUGCGGUCUUGGAAGAAUUGGAAGGUGUCGUUGACCGGGCAGAGAUGACUCCGGCGGAUGUUAGCGAGGUCUUGAUCAAGAACCGGAGUAAUAAGGAGAAGGCGGUGAGGGAAUUGUUGGAGGCGUUAGAGGUGAGGGCAGAGACGAAUGCGAAGACAGGUGGGCCAAGGGAGAGGGACGCGGAGAAUGUGGAAGAGGACGAGGAGCAGGAGAAGAGGGCCUUGGAAACUCCCAAACAAGGGUGUGAUGAGUUUGAAGAGGAGAGUUGCAAGCAAAGAAAAGCAAAUGAUGAGAAAGAUGAUGAUAUGACAAAGAAAUGAAGCUUUCAUUUUUUUACUUUAUUUUUCCCCCUUUUUGUUUUCUUGUGGUGCGGAAAGUUAGGGGAUAAAUGGCAUACUGUUCCAUAUUAAGAGCUUGAAAUUUUUUUUUUUGGGUGUGGCAACCAGAGAAAGAAGGAAGAGUGGGGUGGAAAUGAAGGGAAAUCUUUUCUCCAGCUUAAAAAACAUGUCAUGUAUAUCCUUAUUGUCUUCUUUGAAUAAUGAAUAGAUAUGAUAUGUUAUGUUCCA